UGCUGUGACAUAUGUGCUUUGGUCGAACGUAAACAAAACAUUUCCGUUUUCUUAUGCAUUUCUAUAUUAAAAUAUAUAGCAUUAUUAACAAAAUAUAAUCAUGGCGAAACAUCAUCCAGAUUUAAUUUUUUGUCGCAAGCAGCCCGGCGUAGCCAUUGGCCGGUUAUGCGAAAAAUGUGAUGGCAAAUGUGUUAUAUGCGAUUCGUAUGUGAGGCCCUGUACUUUGGUGCGAAUAUGUGACGAAUGUAACUAUGGGUCCUAUCAGGGAAGAUGCGUUAUAUGCGGUGGACCUGGAGUUUCAGAUGCCUACUAUUGCAAAGAAUGCACCACUCAGGAAAAGGAUAGAGACGGCUGUCCGAAGAUUGUUAAUCUGGGUAGUUCUAAAACAGAUUUGUUCUAUGAAAGGAAGAAAUAUGGAUUCAAACAAAAUUAUUAGUUCGUACUGGAAAUGUAGCGAUUACCUUUUUAAUGAAUUUUCCUAUGAAAUGACAUGUCAAAUAUAUAAGAAAGAAAAUAAAUGUAUAUUUUUAUUGUAA